AUGACCGAGAGCAGCCAAUACUCGAAAUCAAGCGAGGGCGAUACCACUCGUUUGCCGCGGAAUAAACGGGUUAAGGGCAGAGUGGUUAAGAGUAAGGUUCCUGACACUCAACACUUAGAAAGCGAACGAUUUGCGUCGUAUAGGGAUAUCACUAAACAUAUCAAGCGGAAACAUCUGCAAAAUCUCGUGUUAAGCACGAUGAUUACGUGCAAUGUUUGCGACAAAAAAUUUGCGGAAGUCAUGCAUUUCCAGCGUCAUGCCAAUGAUUCUCACUCGACUGUGACGGGACCUCUGUGGUGCGCAGUUUCUAGCUGA